CCUCCCACUCGCAUACGCACGCUAAACACUUUCCCACAAUCCACUCGUGGUUCAUGCAUCGCCAGCUCGCGGAUCGUUGGGCCCGCAAUCGCUACUUUGGAUAGCCAGCUCACCUAGAUUCGACUGCAGCUGCUGUUCCGCAGGGCGCCUGCUCGCUGCUCGGCUUCCGGUACAGCAGAGGGGACUUCACGAAGCGCCCGAUUCUUUUCCUUUUCGCUUUGUAGCAUUUCGUUUUCUUCACCGCCACCAUGCACAUCUCCAAGAUGCUCGCGCAGUCGAAGGAGGAGGGAAAGCCCACCUUCUCCUUCGAGUUCUUCCCGCCGAAAACCGCCCAGGGUGUCCAGAAUCUUUACGACCGCAUGGACCGCAUGCACGGCCUCGGUCCCAAAUUCAUCGACGUAACCUGGGGCGCCGGCGGCAGCCUCUCCAGCCUGACCUGCGAGAUGGUCAAGGUCGCCCAGAGCGUCUACGGUCUCGAGACGUGCAUGCACCUGACAUGCACAGACAUGGAGCGCUCCAAGAUCGACGAGGCGCUGCACACAGCCUACGAGGCCGGGUGCACCAACAUUCUCGCCCUGCGCGGCGACCCGCCGAGAGAGUCUGAGAAGUGGCAGGCAGUCCAGGGUGGGUUCAAAUACGCGAAAGACCUUGUCAAAUACAUUCGCGAAAAGUACGGAGAUCACUUCGAUAUCGGCGUGGCGGGGUACUCGGAAGGGAGCGACGACAACGACAAUGUCGACGAGCUCAUCGACCAUCUCAAGGAGAAGGUGGAUGCCGGAGGAACCUUCAUCGUUACACAGAUGUUUUACGACACGGACAUCUUCAUCGAUUGGGUGCACAAGGUCCGCGCCAAGGGCAUCAACGUCCCCAUCAUUCCUGGCAUCAUGCCCAUUUCCACGCACGCCUCUUUUCUCCGCCGCGCGAAAUGGUCCAAGAUCAAGGUCCCCGAGCCCUGGACGCAAGCUCUCGAUCCCAUUAAGAACGACGAUUCGGAAGUCCGUGAGGUCGGAAAGGGCCUAGUGGCCGACAUGUGCCGCAAGCUGAUAGACGCCGGCAUUCUACACCUGCACUUCUACACGAUGAAUCUCGCCCAGUCCAGCCGCAUGGUCCUUGAAGAGCUGGACCUCCUCCCCGACGUGGAGAGCCCGCUGCAGAAGCCCCUACCAUGGCGACCGUCCCUCGGUCUCAAGCGCCGCGAGGAAAACGUUCGACCUAUCUUCUGGCGCAACCGCAACCGCUCGUACAUCGCUCGGACGCAGGAUUGGGACGAGUUUCCUAACGGUCGCUGGGGUGAUGCCCGUUCCCCCGCCUUUGGUGAAUUCGAUGCAUACGGUAUUGGUCUGAAGGGCAGCAAUGAGCAGAAUAUCAAGCUCUGGGGAAAGCCAACAUCCAUCAGGGACAUUUCAGAGAUCUUCGUCAAGUACAUGUCCGGCAAUCUUGAGUCGUUGCCCUGGAGCGAGUCGGCCAUUUCCAAGGAAGCUGAUACCCUCCAACAGAACCUCAUCGACCUCAACCGCCGUGGCUUCUUCACCAUCAACUCUCAGCCUCCUGUGAACGGCGCCAAGUCGAACCACCCAGUGUACGGAUGGGGCCCAGCGCACGGUUACGUCUACCAGAAGGCGUACCUCGAAGUUUUGGUCUCGCCUGAGUACAUUGCAGAGCUGAUCACCCGUAUCGAGCGCGAUCCUGAAAUCACGUAUUACGCCGUUAACAAGGACGGUGACCUGAAGACCAACUCCCCGGAGGGACCCAACGCAGUCACCUGGGGUGUCUUCCCCGGCAAAGAGAUCGUGCAGCCAACCAUCGUCGAAGCGGUCAGCUUCCUCGCCUGGAAGGACGAGUUCUAUCGACUAGGCCAGCAAUGGGCGAAUUGCCAUGCCUCCACCAGCCCGUCGCGCUACGUCAUUGAGGAUGUUAUGGACACGUGGUACCUGAUCAACAUUGUCCACAACAACUUCCAGGAAGAAAACGGCCUCUUCCCUCUAUUCAAUGGGCUCGAGGUGACUGACAUGGAGAAGGAGCUCCACUCUACCGGGAUUAUCAACGGCGACGUGACCAACGGCGAAUCAACUGCCGACGCUAGCCCUACCAAUGGCGUAAAGACAACGCUGAAUGAUCUUGUCGAGGCUGCAAAGUCCGCCACGUCCACUGUGACCAACGGCAUCACGGCAUAAGUGUGCAGCUUAACUUAGCACACAUUUCCACGAUUCAUUUUCACCUCCUGUAUUCAACAAACCAGUCCGACCGCACGCACAUUUGGGCUUCAACUCGCGGCCGGCGCCUAUUUCCUCCUUACUCAUAUUGGGUCCCAUUACUCGGCGUUUCUGGUGUUGUUAAAAGGCUGCAUCUCGAACUCAUCAUGCUAGAGCUUGAGUGUGCAUAUACACGGCGUCGCUUCAACCUGACGACCCUGAAUGAGACUACGAACGAAUGGACGCGCAUUUGUAUUGCGAAGGUAAGGUUAACGCUUGGAAUAAGCAGCCGAAAAGUACUCAAAGAUACCCGGCCAGUCCCUCAACGGCGCUGAGUCACAUCUACCUUGAUCUUAAAAUUUAAUAAAAUCUGUCUGAGU